AUGGCUGCCUCAGUUCACAGUCUGCGAUCCUUAACCAAACACGACGACCCAAGUAGGGUACCCCUUCCAUCUCACCGACACGCAGCACCCUCCGCGCCUUGGCCUUGGAUUGACUUGCAGGACGAGGUUGAUCCUGUCCAGCUCGAUAAUUCAGCCCCGCCCAUACCUGACCUAUGCGACCAUGGCACCUCGUGCGACGAAUGUUGGAAAGGAUACCCUCAAUCACGAUUCCCUAACUGGACAGAGAGGCAGGUGAAAAAGGCGAGGAUAUAUGAUGCGAUACACCACUACUCUCGUCAUCAAAAUUGCAUCAUCUACCAUGUUGAUGUGGAUCAUAAAGGUUUCUUCACAAAUGCUGAAGAAUUUAUAGCAGUGAAUGGAAGGGAGGUCGAGACUUGGGACGCAAUAGUUCACGAAAAGAGACCCACCGACCUUCGCGUCAGGUGUUUGUUCUUGGAGAACUUGAGCGGACCUGUCCUCCAAAUGUUGGGAGCAAAGUACAAUAUAGAACCGUUUUUCUGGUCCUCAUCGCUGAGCUGGAUCCCAUCACGUUUUCAAGAAGAAAUCUUCCCUAAGGAAGGAGAUCACAUCACCGUUACUUUGACCUUUUUGCGUUCAACGGCGAAUGAGGAAGCCAUUGCGGCUCGCAUGGGCAAAUCUACAGACAGUCUUCCAUCGACUUUGUUAGGUUCACAAAAGAUUGAUACUCAUGCGCCUCUCGCCCUUUAUUCUAACCAACGCCUCCUUUCGCUUGACCUUCUCUCCGUUCACCUCAUCCGCAAUGUCAAGGGCAGCACCAUCAUUUCCUACCAUCCCAAUCUCAAAAUGUCUACAACUACGGCACCGUACCUUCACACACGUAUUCGGUUUGCAGGCCAAAGUGUAUACUGGCAGAGCAUGUUCCAAAAAUCACCCGACCCUACAUUCAUUCUACUGACCUUCAUCUGGCAUGCGAUGUACGCAUGGGAUGAAGCGCUGGAGCACCUAUAUGAACACAUUUGCGCCUUGGAAAACCGUGUCAUAACUACGGCAUCCAUGCCUUUAACGCAAGAGCUUCACGUUAUACGUGCUCACCACCUGCACUACUCCUCCCUUCUGGAUGACUUUUCCAAGAAUGUUAAAUUCAUCAAGGAGACUCGAAAUCCUGCCAUGGAAUCUCCAUUGAUCCCAGAGGGUACUCGCAAAAUGAGCCGGAGUUUGCUUGAUCGUGAAUGCGAUACACUGUUAGCCGAGAUCAAACGCCUUAGCGUUGAACUAGCAAUGCAAGAGAGACGCUUGAGGAAUGUCAUGAAUCUUGUGUUUAGCAGCGUCAACAUUAACGAUAGUAGGUAUAUGAGGCAGAUGACGGAGGCUGCUGUUCGCGACAGUGCAGGUAUGAAGCAAAUCGCAUACCUGACGAUGAUCUUCGCGCCUGCGACAUUUGUUGCAGGUAUUUUUGGCAUGAACAUUCACGAAAUAAAUCCCGGCACGCUCGGUUCCCUACCGCACUACAUUGCCGUCGCCGUCCCCCUCACCAUUGUAACCAUUUGGAUAAUCAUCGCGUUCCAGAGCAAGUACCUCUUCACGGACGACGUGUCCAUAUGGAGACGCCUCGCGUGGCCGUUUUUCCUCGCGAGGCGGAUGCUUUCCACAAAAAAGGGGCAGCGGGGCCAAGACGAAAAAGAGAAGAAGCUGUUGGAGAGUUACAGCAUUUCGAGUCAGGAAGCGAUUAUGUCGAGGGAAUUCUUAGAUGACUGA